CUUCGCGCGAGCCAUUGGGUGGCGGAGUCCCGUGUCCCCGGCUCGGGUGCGCAUGCGCGCUGGAGUCGUGACAAGGCUUUGCUGGGGCGGCGGCUGUGGGGAAGGUUUGUCCCGUCCUGUCCGCCAUGGCUGAGGUGGAAGAAACACUAAAGCGGAUUCAGAGUCAGAAAGGAGUCCAAGGAAUCAUUAUUGUUAAUUCAGAAGGUAUCCCUAUCAAAAGCACCGUGGACAACUCCACAACAAUGCAAUAUGCAGGCUUAAUGCACAGCUUCAUCAUGAAGGCAAGGAGCACCGUGAGAGAGAUUGAUCCUCAGAAUGACCUCACAUUCCUGCGAAUUCGCUCCAAGAAAAAUGAGAUCAUGGUUGCUCCAGAUAAAGACUACUUCCUGAUUGUUAUCCAGAAUCCAGCAGAAUAAGAUUAUCCUAAAUUAGUCUGUUUUCACCUUUCACUCAAUAUUUUUUUUAAUUUAAUAGCCAAAAAAUAAAGCAUUAGUAUUAAUUCUAUUGUGUUACCUUAUUAAUGCCUGGAAAAAUGAACUUGAGGAUUUUUGUUUGUUUACAAAGAGAUAAAAGUGUCUCUAACUUUUUUUUAUAUAUAUGUAAAAUAUAUAUGUGAAAGUCAUUCCAAGGAAGAGUCUGAGGAUUGGAAUCGGGUACCUUGGGCAGUUGGGAAUGCACAGAUUUCUUUCAGUGGUUAAAAAGAUAAUAUAAUAUAAACUCUAAUAAUGUGUUCUAAAAAAAAAUUGUUGUAUGGUUUACAUACUCCUGUCACCUCUGUCUGAAAUAUGGCGGCUGUAAAUAUGAAACAAACUUGCCUUGUCUCUUAUUUUGUUGUUUUUAUGAUUUAUUUUGCAAAGCUUUUGUGACAUCAAUUUAAUAAAAAUGUCACCAGUGA